UCCCUCCCUCGACGCCGCGUUUCCGUUCGCCACCCUCACACGCUUCUCUCUCUCUCUCUCUCUCUCUCCUUUAUCUCCCUCCCUGUCUGCCGCCACCCUCGCCCGCCCACACUCUCUCUCCACUCCUCCUGUCCUUUCUCAUCUCUCACGAGCACCACCAAGACAGCUACACAGGCUCCCCUCCCCUUUCCCCAACUUGCCGCCGCCGUCUGCACACUCCGUCCGUCGCGCCGGCGCCAUGGCUAGGCUCGCGCUGGCACUCCUGCUGCUGCUAGCCGUGGCGGCGUCUUCGGCGUCGGCCACGGGCGGGAGCCACCACCUGGACCUGGACCUGGGCUUCCUCUCCUCCUCCUCCGGGGCCCGCCGGAGGGAGUGCCGCGGCACGGUGGCCGAGUGCCUCGCCGCGGAGGAGUCUGAGGAGGAACGUCUGGACCUGGUCUCCUCUCCCGAGUCCCACCGCCGCGCGCUGUACGGCAACGGGUACAUCAGCUACGGCGCGCUGCGGCGGGACAACGUGCCCUGCUCCCGCCGCGGCGCCAGCUACUACAACUGCCGCCCCGGCGGCCAGGCCAACCCCUACCACCGCGGCUGCUCCCGCAUCACCCGCUGCCGCGGCUGAGGUGCUGCCCGGAUCCGCCGCCGGCACCGCUCCUCCGCCUCCGCCGGCCCAGAAUAAGUUGUUUGUUUCUCCUACCGCUGCUACCCGCUGCUGGCCUCCUGCUGUUUUACGAGUACUAGUAGAGCUAUGGAUUUCAUUGCAUUGUUGUAUGGAUUUGUUUGUCAACUCAAAUCUUUGUGCUGUUGUAAAGUAAGGGGAGGGGAGAGGGGAAGAUGGAUGGAUUCUUGCCCUUCUCCCUGCCCCUAUGUCGGCUUAAUACUCUUAUGAACAUAUAUAUACUCUUAUAUUCUUUUCAUUGCUUUGAUUU